UCACCAUCUUCAAUUCUCUGCAACUCAAAUCUCUCUCUCUCUUUCUCUCCAAUGGAUUCCUCAAACCCCACCACCUCCACAAGGAAAUCCUGCUUCCUCCAAGACGAUGACGACGACGGCCUCGCCUCCUUCGCCGGCGACAUGGAACCUGGCAUCUCCGGCCACUGCUUCUUAUCCAGAAGCUUCCGUAGCCUCUCCGCCGUCGCCUGCUCUAGACCUUCCCAUUUCUUGGAUUCCUGCUUCCUUUGCCGGAAGCCCCUUGGGAAUGACGCCGAUAUCUUCAUGUACAGAGGAGAUACACCAUUCUGUAGCGAAGAUUGCAGACAAGAACAAAUUGAAAUAGACGAAGCAAAAGAGAAAAAAUGGAGAAGAUCAUCAUCGGCCGCCAUGAAAGCUCUGAGAAAAAAGGAUCAACAAAGAAGAAGAUCCGCUUCACCUAAUAAGUCCUCUCCUCCGCCGGACUAUCCUUUCCGCGCCGGCACCGUCGCCGCCGCUUAGAUUUUACAUAUAGUUAAACUCGAAGAUAAAUCAAAAACAAAAACUAAAGAAACUACGGAAGAAGAACAGUUUGUGGUUUCGUGGUUGAAGAUCUUAAGUGAGAAAACGGGAAUCUGCAGAAGGGGAAGAACAUGAGAUUGGGAUUGAACUCUUUUUUCUUUUAUGGUUUGAGAUCAGUCUGUGGAUCGUGUAGAUAUGAGGUUAGGGAAGCGAGAGGUUAAAUCUGUAUGUAUGGAUUCUGCCUGUUCUUGUUCUUGUUCUUGAAUCUGCCCUUUUUUUGCCAUAAUCUUCUUGGCUUUCAUUUUGGGUAUCUAUCAGAUAAAUAAUAUUCAGAUUUUUCAGUCA